UACACAUUUGAUUUCAAACCAUCAAAUAGAUUCACAUCUGUGAGAAAGAGAAACAAAUUAAUCCCCCCACUCUAAAAUGUCAAUAAAUCACUUCUCCACACAAGCCCACUGGUGGUCACACCCACACUACACAAACACAAUGGAUGAUUCAAUUUCAAUUUCAAUUUCAGCAACUGCAAAAACCACAACCAACGACGACGGCGACAGUGACGAGGAGCAGGAGCGGCUGUUCGAGAAGCCGCUGACACCGAGCGACGUGGGGAAGCUGAACCGCCUGGUGAUACCGAAGCAGCACGCGGAGAAGCAUUUCCCCUUGAGCGGCGGCGGCGGCGGCUUGCUGCUGGGGUUUGAGGAUGAGUCGGGGAAACCGUGGCGUUUUCGCUACUCGUACUGGAACAGCAGCCAGAGCUACGUCCUCACCAAGGGCUGGAGCCGCUUCGUCAAGGAGAAGCGCCUCCACGCGGGAGAUAUCGUCGUCUUCGCGCGCCACCGCUUUGACUCCGGCCGCCUCUUCAUCGGCUGGAAGCGCGGCGCUUCUCAGCCUGCCGGGUGGAGUAGUAGGGUGGUUUAUCCACCUCAAAUCCAGCAACAACCGCGCCUCCAUUUCCCAUCUCAUGCAGCAGGUGCAGGGAGUGGGAAUUCCAAGACGCUGAGGUUGUUUGGAGUGAACUUGGAGUGCCAAACUGACGAAUCAGAGUUGCCAAUGUCCACCCAACCCCAAACCUUUCAUCAACAAUAUCACAUGCAUCAGCAACAGGAUAUCAGCUUCGCAGGAGGAAAUGUAUAUCGGCAAGGAUAGCAUCUCUCUCUAUUUGACCUAUUUGUAUUUGGAAAAGAAACUAAAAAAAAAGAGAGCCAAUGAGAAUGAAAGAAGAAGAGAACAUCCCAUAUUUAAUGGGUACACUAGCAAAACCCUUCAAGCCCAGGAGGGAAAAGCCUAAAUACAGAACUCAAUGUGAGAUGGAAAGUGAGUAGGGGGCCCCACACAGAGAGAGGAGAGCCACUAUACAUAAUUAUAUGAAGAAAGAAGAGUAUGGAUGGUUGCAAUCAAGAUUUUGAAGAUUGUACAAGAUCAUGUGGGAAUUGGGCUACUAUAGUGAUGUGGGUAGCAAUUAACUUCAACUUCAACAUGGGGACUUCUGCUUCCAGUCUCAAUUAACAGAGUAAUUAAACUCCACUGCCUUCUGCCAUAACUUAAACUUUUUUUUUUUGGGGAAAUUUAGGUAUUUUUCUCAGCAUAUGUAUUUAUGUAAUUAUUUACAUGAAACAAAAUAGAAUUUGGUAGAACUAGAAUCUCUU